GAGAGCAAAGAGGGAGCAAUGGAAAUGAACUAUGAGGAACCUCUUCCCCCGCCGUUGAACCGUUGGUACAGUCCAAAGAGUUUAAGAAGUCAGGAGUUGGCUGUUUGCAGUUGUGAUUUGGGACUUCCUGUGUGUAUGUUUGCCUGACAGCUCAGAAAUCCAUGGUGAAAAGUGUUUAGUCCAGGGCAGGGCAGCAUGGCUCCCACUUCAGCAGUGAGGCGCUUCAAAAAUCAAAAUUAUCAUGAUCUGAAGAAACAGUGCCUUGAACGAAGGCAGCUUUUUGAAGACCCUGAAUUUCCAGCUUCCGACUCAUCUCUGGUCUACAGCAGUCCUCCCCUGGGAAAAAUAGAAUGGAGACGCCCAAAGGACCUCUGUGAAGAUCCUCACUUGUUCGUCCAUGGCAUCAGUUCCCACGAUUUGCACCAAGGGAAACUGGGGAACUGCUGGUUCGUGGCUGCCUGCUCUUGCUUGGCUCUGUGGGAGAACCUCUGGCGAAAGGUGAUCCCGGAUGCUAAAGAACAAGACUGGGAUCCUAAGAAGCCAGAGGAAUAUGCUGGGAUAUUUCACUUCCAGUUCUGGUGUUUUGGAGAAUGGACUGAUGUGGUCAUAGAUGACCGACUGCCAACUAUGAAUAAUGAGCUGAUUUUCUGCCAUUCCGAUGAUCGCAAUGAAUUCUGGUGUGCGCUUCUGGAGAAAGCAUAUGCAAAAAUGGCAGGAUGUUAUGAAGCCUUAGACGGCGGCAGUACUGCAGAAGCGAUUGUUGAUUUCACCGGAGCAGUUGCUGAAUCCAUUAAUUUGGCUGAAGGCAACUAUAGCCACAAUAUCAUUGAACAGGCCAAACUCUUCGAAGAUUUGCUGAAAGUCCACAGAAGGGGAGGAUUGAUCAGCUGCUACAUCAUGUCUUCCUCCCGCGAUUUUGAAGGGCACACGGAGAUGGGUUUGAUCAAGGGCCAUGCUUACUCCGUGACAGCCGUCGUGAUGAUGAGCUUGGGGGAGAAGCUGCUGUCAUGUGCGAAGUCUAACAAACUCUUCAUGAUCAGAUUGAGGAAUCCCUGGGGAAAGAAAGAAUGGGUCGGCGCGUGGAGUGAUGAAUCCGAAGAAUGGAAAAAAGUGAGCCAAGCAGAACGCAAGAAAAUAGGACUCACAAUCGAAAAUAAUGGAGAGUUCUGGAUGACCUUUGAAGACUGGUGUAAAAAUUUCACGGACGUCGACAUAUGUCGAAUCGUAAACACCUCCCUCUUUAGCGUCCAUAAGACCUGGGAAAAGAAGAUGAUGUAUGGGCAAUGGACAAAGAAUCCCGACCCACUGCUGAACCGUUCUGGGGGGUGCUUAAAUAACAAAGCCACCUUUUUACAGAACCCACAGUACAUCUUCGACGUGAAGAAGGCUGAAGACAAAGUGCUGGUCGAGCUGCAGCAGAAGGACCGGCGCAUGUACAAGAAAGAAGGGACGGGAGAAAACUUUGUUAUCGGCUUUGAAAUCUUCAAGGUGGAGGACAACAGAGAAUGCCGUAUGCAUAAACUGAAAAUACAAGAGAAAGUGGCUACCUCAGCCUACAUCGACAACCGUAUGGUAUUUCUGAAGGUUCUUCUCAAGCAAGGGCGAUAUGCCUUGAUCCCAACCACCUUCAGCCCUGGCAUUGAAGCUGAAUUUAUUCUGAGGCUUUUCACAGAUGUACCAUCAAAACUCAGGGAACUGAAACUGCAUAAACCCAGGCUAAGAUGUCAGGACAUUCUCUGCAGUGUCCCUCGGAGAGUGACUCAGGUCAAGGUCCACGCGGUGGAAGGUCUCCAGAGUCAGGACCGCCAUGGUGGAGCAAAUCCGUAUGUGAUUGUCAAGUGUGAGAACUCAAAGGUGCGGUCUCCUGUGCAAAAGGGGACCGUGAAUGCUGUUUUCAACACCCUAGCCAUUUUCUACCGAAGGAGGGUUCAGCAGCCGAUUAUUAUCCAAGUCUGGCACCACAGCUUUUUCCGUGACCGGUUCCUAGGCCAAGUGCGGCUCACGGCCUCCCCCGAUGACGGCAGAGAACUCCAGAAGCUCCCACUCCGGGGCAGAGGCAGGGAAGAAGCCGACAAGAUGCCAGGCCACGUCACCGUCGAAGUCAUGUCCAGCGAUGACCUUCUGGAGUUAUGAAUGUGGACGGCUGACAAGCUGAGGGGAAGCUGUUCCCUCCCAGGGAGGGACCUCACUUGCCUUCUCCGCAAGAGCCCUGAUUCGCAUGGAGGUGUGAAGGGUUUCCGAAUAACCUAUCUUGAGUCCCGCCUAAGUGGCACAAAGUGGUGAAGCAGAAUUAUAAACCCAACAGACUGUUAAUUCUCGUCUCCUCUCGCUAUAUACACAUUUUUCUCUCACAAACGGGAGCUCGUUCCAAGAACUGGGUGCGCUCGUGCGACUGGAAGGAAGCUCCUAUGCUCUCGGCCGGAGGGGGGGGACCCAAUUGUAUGUUUUUAUUUGACGUAAAGCUUCCAUGGUCGCCAAGCCACUUCUUUGAAAGUGAUCCACAAAAAAGGUGUCCCACCAAAUACCGGGUUGCCUUUCGGGCGCCGCCAGAGUCUUCAGCUCGUCUCUUGUCCAAUUUCAGCUGGACCGAAAAGCUCCCCAGUGUAGUCAUGCAGGAUUGCACCAUGGGCACAAGGGGCGAGACCUGGAGGGGAAACCCAUCAGCCCCCCGGUGGUGGUUUUUAGAAAGAGUGCCAUGUUGGUGAGGCUUUCUGAUCGGCCGAUGCUCAACAGAAGGCAGACCCUUUUAUGAUGUUAUUUUAACUUUUAUUUUUAUGUUACUGUUUUGUGCGCCAGCAAAGGCACCCGACUGCCAUACUCAAAAUGCAGGAUCGCCAAGUGUUUAGAGACCCUUCGGUUCCAAAACAGGAUUCCACAGAGGUCGGCUGUGCCGGCCGGAGAGCCGCGUGGCUGGGGACUGUGGGCCAUUUUCCAGAAUUUGCGUCAGCUGGUCCUUUACUCCUCUAUAAACUCUGUCAUCUGAUGGAUGUUAAUCUCAUGGGUCAGUAUUACUGCCAAUCAUCACUGCAUUGUGUAGCCUUUGUCUGGUGUGAAACAGCACCGUGGCGGUCAAAGUAGCUGCUAUAUUUGGUGGGCUGGAUGUGGAAAGACAAACCCUUCCUUUUUAAAACAAAAAAAAAUCUGCAUUUUGGAAGAGGCUAAUCUAUCCCAACUUUGCAAAAAAAAAUUCUGCAGUUGUUGUAGUUGCUUCUGAAUACCUGUACUCUGCAAUUUUGCUUCUGUCGUCAAGCACCUUCUGUUACCAGGCACAGGGACCUGAAGAAAAUAUAUAUUAUUUUUGCAGCUGGAAAUAGCACAAUCUGGAUAUGUAUCUAAUGCAUCUCUUGAAGAGCAUUGACUCCAUAAAACCGGAUGCUAAAUUAAACUAAUACAGUAGGACCCCCUAUCCACAGGAUCUGUAUGUGCUGACUCACUUAUCCACUGGCUGAAAAAGAUAGAUAGAUAGAUAGAUAGAUAGAUAGAUAGAUAGAUAGAUAGAUAGAUAGAUAGAUAGAUAGAUAGAUAGAUAGAUAGAUAGAUAGAUAGAUAGAUAGAUAGAUUCACCAGUCAAAAGUGCAAAUUAAAUUCAUGUUCACCUUCCAGAGACCAAUGGCAAAACAAAGUACAGUAAAUGCUAAUAGUACAGAAAAGUGUAUGCUGUGGCAAGCAGACACUUUUCGCCAGUUGAGGGAGCACCUCUUAUAAAUACAUGUUAAAUGUAUCAUCCAAUUUGCUUGCUUCGCUACAGAAGAUUAAUCAUGCUGGAAAAAAGAUUUAGUGCUGCUAAGCGCUCUCUUUUUUGUAAAUUCAGAGUGCUUUGCAUACUGUACAUUAUCUCAGUAACCUUUGCACAGCCCUGGGACAACACCUGUUGGUCUUGUUCUGACUAAUAGAAGAUGAGCUGUUAUCGUCACCACCGCCACCUUUUUAUACUCAUGGGUGAUGUUCAGUCAGGGGCAGAUGCAGAGAAGCCCAUGUUUGCCUGCCCCAAAGCAUGCCCGCACGGUCCCACAUCCCAGGGAUCUUCCUUCCUCAUCCCACCUCCAACAGGAGGGGAAAGCCUCCUCUUAAUACACACAGAGAGAGCAGCAGAUCCAGAAUCCCCUGUGCCUAUAAGGGUUACAUAGGGCUCAGUGGAUCCCCCUGCAGCCUAGGUCAAAUGAUCCCGCCCGUGUUUUGUAUUUAUUAUUAUUAUUAUUAUUAUAUUCCAACUAACUGGGCUUCAUUAUCUCUAGAUGUGGCCGCCCUGACUUUGUAAUGAAGCUAAAUCCAAUCAAGCAAGGCCACAGAUUUAAAUAUUUAGCAUUCAUUUGCUUCUCCUGUUCCUUGACUUGCGUUAAAGCUAAAUCUCUUCUCAUUUCCCAUAUUUAGAGGCUCAAGCGGGGAGAUUAACUGUUCCAUUUUUUUGCUCCUUGAUUGGCUUGUACAUGUUAAUCGGAAUUGACUUGCUGCUGAACUCUUGGUGCCUCAGCUGAAGGCGCCACUCGCAUUCAGGGCCCCUACUUUGAUCCCAAGCCACCUCCUGCUUUUUUUCCAGGUCUCCACGGUCGGUGGAUCUUUUCCUGGCGAGGGCCGUGGGGCAGCAGGAGGUCACGGCAGCCCACGGCUUCGGCCGCCUCCGAGACCUGGCAGGAUUCACAUGGCUGGGUGUGCGAAGUUCACCUUCCAUCCCAUAAGUUCCAGAAAGGGGGGGGAGAGAAGAUUUGGGGGAGGGGAUUUGACAGCCUCAGUAAUAGCGGCUGUUUCGCACCUUGCAAGACGUCUUAAGAGAAGAUACUCGAGAAUUCCUGCAUUUUUAAGACUGAGAAGGACAUUUUGGAAUAAAGUGCCUCGAAAAUAAUGCCUACGCUGUAAAAUAAAAACAGCUACAAUCUGCAUGGAUCACCAUAUAAAACAGACACGUGUACACACACGCACCACACAAAGAGAGUCUUAAUCUGAAGUGUGUUUUGGAGAAAAACAAUAAAAUCAAGAAUGAGAGAUGAUCAUAUCCCUGAGGUCCAUUUUCUAAUUAUAGCCAAGAAAAUUUUCUCAUUACUCAUUUCUUGAGGUGGUGUUUCUCUCUGUCAUCAUCUACGACUACUUUGUGGGGGUGGGGGGGUAACGUACUUCUGUUGUCAUUGUUAAUAUUUGGGGGGGAAAGGAAACCCUAAGGCACGUUCCUCCAUAUGCUGUUCUGCCAUCUAUACUUUGGAAAAUAAAAAGGUGCAAUGACUUUUUAAA